CGCCGCUCAUUGGUCUAUGUCAAAUACAAAACGUUUGGAGAACGUCCACCGGAUCACAGUCAAGAUGAGUUUGAGAAAGCAGACCCCGAGUGACUUCCUGAAGCAGAUCAUUGGGAGACCUGUGGUCGUCAAACUAAACUCUGGUGUCGAUUACAGAGGUGUCCUGGCCUGCCUGGAUGGCUACAUGAACAUUGCCAUUGAGCAGACAGAGGAGUAUGUCAAUGGGCAGCUCAAGAACAAGUAUGGAGAUGCUUUUCUAAGAGGAAACAAUGUUCUGUACAUCAGCACCCAGAAGAGGAAAGUUUAGUGAAGCUCCUUUUGUGUUUGUGUUUAUUUGAUGCGUCAGUGGACAAUUGUCCUGUGUUUUUGGUUCUGUAUAGCCUGAAGUCCUGAAGAAUGUUUGUUUUUGUAAAAGUGGAAUACAUUAAUAAAUCCUGAGUUUUCAUCUUU